AUUUGGUUUUUGUUUAUGAAGUAUGAAGUUACAAUUAAUUAUUAUCAUACUAUAUUUAAUUAUAAUUAUGAAUAAAUACUAUAGUGACAUGGUGCAAGGACCAUCAACUUUGUUUUCCUUCUGCAAGUUGGUGUUUUGAAUGUCUAACUAAUAUGUUCACACAUUUUCUGUCUUUUUCUAUUUGGUGCCAAUGAGGAGGAUCUUCCAAUCUCAUGAACAAUCAAAUAAUCCCAUUUUUUUGUACUUUUAUUUUAAUCAUCUUAUCUUAUAAAUUAAAUAUAUUAAGUGCCACAUAAAUGUCAGUGAUUGAUUUCAUAUAUAAGAAACUUGUUUCUUUCAAAGUCUAGCACAAUAACCUAAGUGUUUUUUUUUAAGGUUCUGUUUCUAGUGUUUUGAUCUUAAACAAUGAAGGGAAGAAGAGGGAAAAAAUCAGAGGCUUUUUGGCCUUCUCUUGUGAUGAAAAAAUGGCUUAAUAUUAAACCUAAGGUGAAUGAUUUUAGUGAAGAUGAAGUUGACACUGAAACUGAAACUGAAACUGAGAGUGAAGAUGAUGCUUUCUCUCCUAAACAAUCGAGAAUGCGCGAGAGCCGCGAAGAUAAUCCAUUUAGAACACAAGGGAUUCAAUCUAUAUUCUCAACUCAAAUAUCAGGAAAAGAUUCACUUAAGGGCUACAAAACAAGACACAAAAGAGGAAAAUCAGAAACACUGCGUGCUCAGUAUAUAAAUACUAAGGAAGUGAGGGUAGCUAUUGGUACUUGGAAUGUUGCUGGAAGACAUCCAUCUGAAGAUCUUGAGAUUGAUGAUUGGAUUUGUACUGAAGAACCAAGUGAUAUUUACAUUUUUGGUUUUCAAGAAGUAGUUCCACUGAGUGCUGGAAAUGUACUAGGAGCAGAGGAUAAUACACCAAUCCAAAAAUGGGAAGCAAUCAUUAGAAGAUCUCUAAACAAAUCUUGUGAGCCUGACAGCAAACACAAAAGCCACAGUGCACCUCCUUCUCCAGUUUUGAGAACUUCUUCUGCUGCUGAUGUUCUAGCUGAUAAUAUAGAUGCUGUUAAUCCAAUGGAUAUGAUGAUGAAUGAUGAGUUCAUUGGAAAUGUUGACAAAUAUGAUCUGAAAAAUUUGGAAGCAAAUAACAUAAUUAGUAUAGGGAAUGAUUUACAUGUGAGAAAAGUUUAUGGCAUUAAUCUUGAUUGGCCUGAACGCCCGUUAGACGCAAUCUCACAAAUUGUUGAUUUGAAUCCGAAGUUGCGGAGAGUACUAAGUAGUUCAGCUAGAAUUGGCUUUAACUUGAAUGAGAAUACUUUCAUAUAUGGAGGUGGUGGUGGUGGAUUGAAGCGUUCCCACCAUAGUUCUGGAAAUUUGGGAUUGUUAUUGAAAGAGCAACAAGUCAUACCGAAAGUAGUUGAUUCGUUGGUCGAUGUCUCCGAGAUGUCAUCUGAUGAGAAUGACGAUGCUUUUAUUGAAUUACCUGACAACCAAGACGACGAUGGAUCGCGGCCGAGGUAUGUUCGGAUUAUCAGUAAGCAGAUGGUGGGGAUAUAUGUAUCUGUUUGGGUGCAGAGGAGGUUGAGAAGACACAUUAAUAAUUUGAAAGUUUCUCCUGUUGGAGUUGGUCUUAUGGGCUACAUGGGAAACAAGGGUUCUGUUUCGGUCAGUAUGUCACUCUUUCAGUCACGAAUGUGCUUUGUUUGUUCGCAUCUGACUUCGGGUACAAAGGAUGGAGCUGAACAAAGACGAAACUCUGAUGUUAAUGAAAUUCUACGCCGCACUUGCUUCUCAUCCGUCUUUGAUACAGAUCAAGAUCUAACAAUCCCAUCUCAUGAUCAGAUUUUCUGGUUUGGAGAUUUGAAUUAUCGGAUUAGUAUGUUAGAUUCGGAGGUUCGAAAAUUGGUGGCUCUAAAAAAAUGGGAUGAACUGAUGAAUUAUGAUCAGCUAAGCAAUGAAUUGCGUGUUGGGCGUGUUUUUGAUGGAUGGAAAGAAGGGUUGAUAAACUUUCCACCAACUUACAAAUAUGAAAUUAACUCUGAUAGAUAUGUUGGUGAGAUCCCUAAAGAAGGGGAGAAAAAAAGAGCUCCUGCAUGGUGUGAUCGAAUAUUGUGGUUAGGAAAAGGAAUAAAGCAAUUACAAUAUCAACGUGCAGAAAUUAAGAUAUCAGAUCAUAGACCAGUUAGUUCAAUUUUCUUGGUUGAAGUUGAAGUGUUUGAUCAACGCAAACUAAGAAGAGCUCUAAAUUUCACUAGUAAUGCAGCAGUACACCCUGAGAUUUUCCCUGACGAAGAUGGUCAAUUUUUAUAGUAUUAAAAAUGUAUUGAAGAUGUUUAUCAAAUAUUAAGCAUUUUGUGAAUUUUGAGUCAGUUACAUUACAGUGGAGGAAGCCAGUGAGAUAGUCAUAGUAACAGGAAAAUGUAUAUAGUCAUACAAUCUUAUAGGAUGAUAUUAACAUUAUUUUUUAUCCAUAGUAAAUAACCAUUAUUCAAUUUUGGUCUCAUCAUUAGUCUCGUGUCCCAGUUAUUUUAUCUUUGGACAAUAAAUGUAUGGGUGGGUUGUUUUGUUGUAAUUGUAACAAUAGACAAGUUCUAUCUAAACUAAUAUUGGUUUGUAGUAACUUAUUUA